AUGAGUUCCUCGGCUGCAAUGUCAAUCAGAAAGUCGGGGCCUCGAGUUAUUCGCCCGCCAUCUUACCAAUCGGUGGUCACGCAGACUUCAAAUCGGAGUAUAUGGCGAUGUGCACGAAACGGUCAGGGAGGCAAGACAGAGCGUAUCCUACAGCGCUCUGACAAAUAUCAGCGAUGCCCUCCAUACAACCAGCGAAAGCCCGAGACUUGCCGUGACCGCAAUGCUACUACUCCCAAGGAUACAUACUCAAGCUGGAGCUGGGCAGCUUGGCUUUCUCAGUCAAGUUUCUCUGACCUCCCCGCUGGCCGAGAGAGAAGGAUCUGGGAUUCGGAUUCGGGGCAAACGCACAAAGACAUGGAGUUUUUAAAAAGAUACAUAGAGGCAGACCCUUACAAAGCCGUCUUUGGGCGCCGAUUGGACCCCUUUUCAAAUUUCGACAAGAACGAAACUUCAUUCGACGGUUUCCUUCAGUCGAUCACCAGUAUGGAAAAGCCACGCAGUGUUAGACCGAAAGUAGACAAGCGGCAAACGAGAAGUGACGCCAACCAUGUUGGACUGCAGUACGAUCCUAUUAGUGGACGCAUGGUGCCGAUACCACAGCCCACUACACUCGAAUCCAGCAAGCCAGAAGCAGAAAAUAACUAUCAUAAAGCAAUUGACUGUCCUUCAGGCACUGAAGUCGACGCAAAAUUUGCUCACAACCCCAGUGUGACCGAGGAUGGACGGUUUCAGCAUGGAAACACGGGACCGAGUCCCGAAGCCCAGUCAAGCUCACAGUCAAGCUCACAGUCAACCAUUGACUGUUCUCCAGGCAGUGAGCUAGAUAUACUCUUCACCUCAACCCCCACCUCUCAGGAUGUGCAGGACAGGCUUCAGGUUCCUCGGGAAACCAAACGAAAGCCCUUCAUAAUAACCGAUCACCCUUCUGGAAGUAAAUCGGAAACAUUGUCUGUUUCUGAAUCUGUUCCUUCUGCACAGCCCCAGCAGGACACAUCCAAGGUCAAUGGAAACACCGAUAAACCGAAUUUGGAUGUCAGUUUGACUGCGAGCACUAACGUAGAAUGCCCCCCGGGAAGUGAACUGGAGGCUACGCUCAUAUCUGAUCCUACUAGCCGCUUUGUCCAGGGUUCUCUGUCUGGGUUAGAGACACAAGCCCUGAACAAGCAAACUGAGAUUUCAAUUGAUUGCCCACCAGGCAACGAGGUGGACCCAAUACUUUCUUCUGAGCUUGGUAGUCUCGGUGUUAAGUCCACCGGUCCUGUUCGGCAAACGGCUGACACUGCCGCCAUGUCGGGCGCCCAAGAAAGCUUUGAGUACUCUCCAGGUAGUGAGACUGAAGCAAAGAUUUUAUCCGACUCAGCCAGUCAAGGAAUUGCCCAACUCAAAGCCCAGACCUCUGUCUAUUGUCCUCCUGGAAGCGAAAUAGACGCCGAGUUUACUUGCAACACAGAAUCAAUUAAGGAAAAUCAAUCACAACCAGAACCACUCAUUGGCCUUGACACAUCCAAGAUAGCCAACAACGUUGUCGACUGUAUACCUGGGAAUGAAUUAGAGGCAAAAAUAAUUUCUGGUAUGGGUCCCAAUGAGAAUGAGGACCUGAGCGGCCUGGAGGCUAGUAACAUUCGCUCUCGCUAUGCUCGUUUGGAAUCAAAGGUGCAAGCCAAUCCGCUAGAUUUCGAUACUUCUGAGGACCGCGUCAGUGACUUCAUUUUCGAAAGCCAGGACCUAGCCACUGAAAAAGGAGAACAACCAGCAGACUCCCAAACUCCUUCCCCGAAAUUCCAUAUUCUCGCUUUUGAUACUUCGACGUCGCAAGUCUCAGCCGCACAAGCAGACUCAUUCUUCGGCAUCGAUGAUGAUAGUCAGCCAAUUGAAAUUCUGUCUCGACUGCAUAAUCCUGCCAAAUUCCUACCUUAUUUGGAGAAAAUGCAAGAAGAUGGUUACGAAAUUGCAACCGGGGGAGGCAACAUCCUUGUCUUCCGAAAGACUCAAAUCACCCCUUGUCAUACCCUCUCAAAUACAUCAACAGACGAAGAACCAGCUAUUCACGCCGAAAUUGCCCAGCAUCUUCGCCAUGACUCAAUAAACUCCGCUGCCACAUACGCCGGAACUCCCUGGCAAUCCACCAGUGAGCCUCCUUCAGCAACUAGAUCCUCUAGCUCCGCGUCGGAGCCAACCACAAAAUCCGAGUCUUCAUUUCGCAAAACAGGCCGCAGGAUGCUCAUCACAAGCACAGCUACCGCAGCGACAUGUUACGCUAUCGGAGUCAUGACCGAGUUCUUCCGCACAGGUGGAAAUGAUGGGCGGGGAGUUGAUGGAUUUACUGUGUUUGAGUCAGAUCGACGUCGUCGAGAGUAG